AUGCCCAUCAACCAACCAUCCAACCAAAUCAAAUUCACCAAUGUGUCGGUGGUCCGAUUAAAGAAAGGCAAGAAGCGCUUCGAGCUUGCCUGUUACAAGAACAAACUCCUUGAGUACCGCUCAGGCGCCGAAAAAGAUCUCGACAAUGUCCUCCAAGUCCCAACCGUAUUCCUUUCCGUGUCCAAAGCCCAAACUGCCCCGUCUGCAGAGUUAGCGAAAGCCUUCGGAGCUGGCACACCCAGGGAGGAAGUGCUGCAGGAGAUUCUUCGCAAAGGCGAGGUGCAAGUCGGCGAGCGCGAGCGCAAAGACAUCCUCGAGCGAGUGGAAAAAGAGGUUUUGGACAUCGUGUCUGGCAGACUAGUGGACCCCUCCACUAAGCGCGUCUACACAUCCGGCAUGAUCCACAAGGCUUUAGAUCAACUAAGUUCGGCCAGUGGGCAGCAGCAGACACAAGCAGGAGACAACGAGGACGAAGAUAAGUCCGCGCAACCGAAGAAGCCCCUUUGGACCGGUGUCUCGUCAAACCGCUCGGCGAAGAGUCAGGCGUUGGAUGCUAUGAAGGCUCUCAUCGCAUGGCAGCCGAUUCCUGUGAUGCGGGCACGCAUGCGCCUUCGCGUGACAUGUCCUGUGUCGCUAUUAAAGCAGUCUGUCAAGGCCGCCCCUGGAGCCGCGGCGAAUAAAGAAAAGGAGGCUCCUUCUGGAAAGAACAAUAAGAAGGGUGGCAAGGGAAAGAAGGGCAAGCGGGAUGAUUCCGAUGUCGAGGAUGGGCCAUCUGAUUUGGAUGCACCCAAGGCACCAGGCACGGUCAAGGAUAAGAUUUUAUCAUUGAUUGAAUCCGUGGAGUCACAAGAAGUUGUCGGAGGAGAUGAGUGGGAGGUCGUUGGGUUCGCUGAACCCGGAGCAUUCAAGGGCCUGAACGAUUUCGUGGGUAACGAGACCCGCGGAAGAGGUCGUGUUGAGGUCCUUGACAUGUCGGUCACCCAUGAGGAUUGA